GCCGCCCCCUAAUCAGCGGCCCGAAACCCGCUAGGCCACUUUGGGCUGGCCCUUGGCUGGGGCCGUAAGCGGCAAGACGGACCCAGGGAGUGACUCAGCAUGUCGGUAGCGCCCCGCGUGCUACUCCCGCAGCCUUGUCAUCUCUCGCGGCCAAUUCCAGGAAGGCCGCCAGGGAGGAAAGGGGUGGACCCGCGCAGCCAUCGAAGGAAGCACGCAGAGGCUUUAUUCUUCCAGCAAGUUCCGAACCCCCCCCCCAAGGGAGGGGGGAGGAGAGCCAGACAGAUCUAUGCAUGCUGGGAAACGGAGUUUUCUUAGGCCGCUCCAUCCAGAACUGGUUUUUCUGGCCGUUUUUCACCCUGCAGGGGCCGCCCAGCAUGCCGGCCUUUGUAGUCUUUUCGCGCCGGGUGGCCGCAGGGCAUGUCGGGUGCGGUGGUUCCUCGUUCCUCUGUGGCGGCGGUUGUCGCAUCUCCGCAGCCGACGAGGGCCGCGGCUGUUGUAACCGCGUCGGCUCGCUACCUCACUUCCUCUUCCGGGCGCGCGGCCGAGGAGGAGGCGGUGGUGGUGGUGGCGGCGGCGACGGCGGGUCAGUCGGUCGAUCUGUCGGAGCCGGCGACGGCUCUCCUCCUUUUCCGCCUCCUCUCCGGGCCGAGGGGGUCAACUACGGGGUUUUCUCUCCCCCUUGCCGAGGAGGAGCCGUUUUCGCCACAGCCGCCGCGCGCGAUGGAGCCGGAGUCGGUGAUCGAGGAUAAGACCAUCGAGUUGAUGUGUUCUGUGCCAAGGUCUUUGUGGCUAGGCUGCUCCAACCUGGUAGAGAGCAUGUGCGCACUGAGAUGCCUGCAGAGCAUGCCCAGUGUCAGAUGUCUCCAGAACACGUCAGUAAUGGAGGAUCAGAAUGAAGAUGAGUCUCCAAAGAAAAACACAUUGUGGCAGAUAAGCAAUGGAACUUCAUCUGUAAUAGUCUCAAGGAAGCGACCAUCUGAAGGAAACUACGAAAAGGAAAAAGACUUGUGUAUUAAGUAUUUUGACCAGUGGUCUGAAUCAGAUCAGGUUGAAUUUGUGGAACACCUCAUUUCACGAAUGUGUCACUAUCAGCAUGGACAUAUUAAUUCCUACUUAAAGCCCAUGCUGCAAAGGGAUUUUAUCACUGCUUUACCAGAACAAGGCUUAGAUCACAUAGCAGAAAAUAUCCUCUCCUACCUAGAUGCCAGAUCACUCUGUGCAGCUGAAUUGGUUUGUAAGGAAUGGCAGCGGGUUAUUUCAGAAGGAAUGCUUUGGAAGAAGCUUAUUGAGAGAAUGGUACGAACUGAUCCACUCUGGAAGGGGCUCUCAGAAAGGAGGUGCUGGGAUCAGUACCUGUUUAAAAACAGACCCACCGAUGGCCCUCCUAAUUCAUUUUAUAGGUCACUGUAUCCAAAGAUAAUACAAGAUAUAGAGACAAUAGAAUCUAACUGGCGAUGUGGAAGGCACAACUUACAAAGAAUCCAGUGCCGCUCUGAAAAUAGUAAAGGUGUUUACUGUUUACAAUAUGACGAUGAGAAGAUUAUAAGCGGCCUAAGGGAUAACUCCAUUAAGAUAUGGGAUAAAACCGGAUUGGAAUGUUUGAAAGUAUUAACAGGACAUACUGGCUCCGUUCUUUGUCUACAAUAUGAUGAAAGAGUAAUUGUAACUGGAUCGUCUGACUCUACUGUCAGAGUCUGGGAUGUGAAUACAGGCGAAGUCUUGAACACUUUAAUUCAUCAUAAUGAAGCAGUGCUUCACUUGCGCUUUAGUAAUGGUUUAAUGGUGACCUGUUCAAAGGACCGGUCUAUUGCUGUUUGGGACAUGGCUUCAGCAACUGACAUCACUUUGCGCCGAGUAUUAGUUGGCCAUCGGGCUGCUGUUAAUGUUGUGGACUUUGAUGAUAAAUAUAUUGUAUCUGCUUCUGGAGAUAGGACCAUUAAAGUCUGGAGUACAAGCACAUGUGAAUUUGUUCGCACUCUUAAUGGGCACAAAAGGGGUAUUGCCUGCCUCCAGUAUAGGGAUCGACUUGUUGUGAGUGGAUCAUCAGAUAAUACCAUUAGACUUUGGGACAUUGAAUGUGGAGCAUGUUUAAGAGUGCUAGAAGGACAUGAAGAGCUGGUUAGAUGUAUACGAUUUGAUAACAAAAGGAUUGUAAGCGGAGCUUAUGAUGGCAAAAUCAAAGUUUGGGACCUGCAAGCUGCUCUUGAUCCUCGAGCUCCAGCAAGCACACUAUGCUUACGUACAUUGGUGGAACACUCUGGACGCGUGUUUAGACUCCAAUUUGAUGAAUUUCAAAUUAUUAGUAGUUCCCACGAUGACACCAUUUUGAUUUGGGAUUUUUUAAAUGUGCCUCCCAAUGCACAAAAUGAAACCCGCUCUCCAUCCAGAACGUACACCUACAUCUCCAGAUAACACUCUGUAAUUUACGGUUCUCCAAGGAUUCUACAGUCUUUGAACUACGGGACAUUUGGCUAUCACACAUCUGAAGACAAUAGCCGCAGCUAAAGUUGGAAGUGGUUUUAGGUGCUGUGUAGAUGUAAAGCAGCACAAGUCUUUCUCUCAAUGUAACUUUUUCCAGUCCUCCUCCACUCAGUGGUCUCUUAAGGAAUUGACUAGGAAUUCACUGAGUUCAGCCCCUCCCUCACCUCAGUGCAAGAUCCAAAGCUUCAUGAGUAAAUUGCCCAUAUACACUGAACCCAUGGCUUGUUUUUCCAGGAGUAAAUCAGAUGUCAAGGAUGGACUUGACCUAAUUUAUAUUUGCUUUGCACUUUUGUCUGACUCUGAAGAAGAAAAACAUUCUCAGUGAAAUGUGGGUGCCAAACGCAUAACCCAGAAUGUACAGAGCUUUGUUUUCAAAAAUCACCUCAUCCCGCAGCUUUUACAUUUCACGAUUAAUGCGGAUCCUGCUGUGUUUGCUCAGAGUCUCAGUUGGACUGGUAGAAAUACUUCGGAAUGGUUCAGUAACCUUUUGGACAAUAAUUUACUUAUUUCUGCACCUGUAAUUUGCUUUAAUUUAAAGAUUGUAAAUUGGGCUAGAUUAUCAAAACUAGAUGUACAGCAUUGUCUUUUCUUUAACUUGUACUCUGUACUACAACUGUCUUUCUCUUCCUCUAAUGUUUGGUAUAGUCAGAUCUUUCCUGUGCGCUUGCCUCAUUCUUACCAAUACUGUACCUGUAUAAGCAUGUAGAUAUAAUGUACAUAAAACAUUGUAACCUCCAAGGGCUGGGAGUUGGGGCCUUCUGAUGCUGUAUACAGAUGCCAAGGGAGAUGCUUUUAAGUACCCAGGCAUUCUUACUACUGGCGCCAUAUGGAGUUGGGAUGUAUUAGAAACAUUCUUCUGUGAAAGGGAGAGCGUUGGCAUUCAUUAGGAUUUUCUUUUUUUAAUUGGGAGGACAUAUCUUAAUAUUAACUUCUAAACAUAAGACCUUUUUAUUUUUUAAAAAAAGCUAAAAUUUCUUUCACUAUUCCACAAUACAAUAUUUGCAAAUCAUCUUGAAACCACUGUCUAAAGUUGAAGAGACAUCAACCCUAUAAAUAUCUGUUUGAAUUGUCCGUGAUUUCCAUGCCAGUAUGCUGAAUUGGAAGAUGAAUUGUUAUUCAAUUGAGACCUUAGAGGAGAUGAUUGGUGUACCUUACCAUUUAUUUGGAGUGACCUAGCAGGAAAUGGCACAGUGGGUUUUUUUCUAAGUAUGACUGGCCAUGACUAUUAAUUCAGUAUCUCCCUAUACAAAAAACAUACUCCUUUGAAAUUAUUGUCUCCAUGUUUUUAAAUUAUUGCUCUGCAAGAUUGUUCAAUAGCUUCUCUUAAUGUUCUUUAGAAGUUAUUAAUAAAUAAAAAUACUGGUUGGUCCAGGAGCAAUUGUUGGCAUGGAUGUGGGUGAUAUCAUAUGGUAGUCUAUCUGCUUUCCUUUUACUGCCACUGCUGAUCCCCCCCUCUCUUAUCCCUGCCCCCUUUUUUGGUUGAGGGGUCAAGGAAUAUUGAUACCAAUAUAAAUGACCAAUGAAUGAAUUUUGCUUAUUUAGUGGAACAGCUUACGGUUGGCUAUUUCACUUGCACACCACCUAGUUUGUCUGUCAAAUAAAAAAUGAAAGCACAUGCCGGAUGUGAGAAGGUACAACUUGAGCUGCUUCUGGUUUCCACUCUUCACCUCUGUUGAGCUCCUAACUUCUUCUGAACACGGAAAAAAAGAUACUACAUGGAUCUGAUCCAAUCUACAAAACCCUUAAGAGGACACUUUCCCAUAUCAGAUGUUGAGAUGGGCCACAGUUACAGAAAUGGUUUUGCCUCUUCCCCCCAUCCCCAUGUCACCUAACAGCUGCAACACGAAAGACUUGAUAUUGCAGCCCUGAAAAUAAAAGGUAUUUACGGACAACCAUCCAUUUUUAAUGCAUGUGUAAGAUGAAAUUCAUGUUUUCCCAUGGGAAAUGAUGGUAUUUGAAGAUGCAGCCUAAACUACUUUUGAUUGUGCUUGGUGUAACGUAGCCGUGGAAUUCGUAACUGACACCCGAGGAGCUUGACUCCUGGGAUGAAUGAUAGUACCGGCUGUACUCUGGACUUUGUUUUGCUAAUCAUUGCUGAACAGCUGUAUGUUACUGCUAGAUUAAUGUUUCAAAGCACUGGGAUAGUCUUAUUCUAACUUGUAAUUAUGUUUGCCAGUUACCUGUUUGGAAAGUUUGUGUAUGAACAGCUUAUCGGACAACUGUUAAAAUGUACAGAUAUUGUUGAUGAUAUAAGGCUUUGUACUGUGGAAUGUGCUUAAUAAAAAAACCCUCUAAAUUUA